UCUGGAAAACCAACACCAAUGGCGAGCUGAGGUGAGGCUUUAGAAGUAGCCAUCAGGCAGGAUGUUGAGCUAUGCAAGCGGGCAUGUUGUUCUCCAGCGACUUCAUCUUUUGACUUUCACCCUCCUCUCACUUUGUUCCUUCUUCGCGCACGCUUCGAAUGACACCCUACUAUGGGGUCCUUACCGCCCGAACCUCUACUUUGGAGUCCGACCACGAGUCCCCAAUAGCCUAUUGACCGGUUUGCUAUGGGCCAACACUGACAACUAUGGCACCGCCCAGCUCAACUUCCGGCACACCUGCGAGCAGCAUGAGGGGAUGGCCGGUUAUGGGUGGGAAGAGUAUGAUGUGCGAAAUGGUGGAAGACAAGUCAUACGGGACACGGGGAACAAGAUCGACUUGACAAUUGAUUUUGUGAAAACAUCCGGCGGACAACAUGGUGGAAAUUGGGCUGCGAGGAUAAAGGGUCAUCCAAGAGAAGAUGCGCCUCCCACACUGGUCACAACCCUGAUCUUCUAUGCUGGCAUGGAAGGGCUGGGUGAGCUUGCAUUCACGAACACGGACGAGGAAGAUGGGGCCGUGACCCUGCACGGCGAGACAAGUGAGCUUGGGCAAUUUGAUAUUUCCUUUGAGGACUCGUCAGAAAAUCUCCUGCCAUACAAAACACACCCGUCUUGGGAUUCCAAACCACUCGACCGGCCGCUUCUGUGCAGCCUCCAAAUCCCGCCGGAUGCCAUCUGGCAAGCCAAGAACAUCGUUUUUGCGAGCAUGAAGUCUGAGAUUGAUGGUCUCGUACAGCAGUAUGGACAAGAGAACAUGCCACCUCCGUGGCAAGCCUUUACCAUCCAACAACAGCCUGGUCCGGGGAAUUUUCACAUGGUCCAGAAGAUGUUUGUCGGCGCUUUUGAAACCGACAUACAAUUCAAAUCUGUCUCUGGCCCCGCAGUAUCUUCAGAGUCUCUCACGAAAUCCAUCUCUGGAUCCUCAACUGAGUUCAAAAAAAAGUUCAAAGAGGUCUUCGAACCGUUGGCGCCGUUCACCAAACCUGCCUACACCGAUUUCUCCGCCUCGAUGUUCUCCAAUCUGUUCGGCGGAAUUGGAUAUUUCUACGGGGACUCACUGGUCGACAGAUCUUAUGCUCCAGAGUAUGACGAGGAUAACGAAGGCUUCUGGGAGGAGACUGCGGCUGCACGAGCACGAGCGGAGAUUGUGAAAGAUCCCCCGGCCGAGCUCUUCACCAGCGUUCCCUCCAGACCUUUCUUUCCACGUGGGUUCUUAUGGGACGAGGGCUUCCACCUCAUCCCAAUCGCGGAUUGGGAUCUAGACGUUACAAUCGACAUCGUAAAGUCAUGGUUCAACCUCAUGGAUCAGGAUGGUUGGAUUGCUCGCGAGCAGAUUCUCGGUCCUGAAGCACGUAGCAAGGUGCCUCCAGAAUUCCAGGUCCAGUAUCCGCACUACGCCAAUCCACCCACACUCUUCCUCAUCAUAGACAUUUUGAUGGACAAAAUGUCGAGCCCCGCAUAUGCUGCGUCCAAGGGUCACAUUGAAGGCGAGCUCCGGAACCUAUACCCCUUGCUCAAACGCCAGUACUACUGGUUCCGCCGGACCCAGUUUGGAGACAUCAAAUCCUACGACCGUGAAGCGUUCUCCACCAAAGAGGCAUAUCGAUGGCGUGGACGUAAACCACAACAUAUCCUUCCUUCUGGACUCGACGACUAUCCGCGUCCUCAACCUCCUCACCCGGGCGAGCUCCACAUAGACUUGAUCUCGUGGGUGGGCAUGAUGUCGCGCGUCCUCGUGCGUCUCUCCACUCUGCUCUCCGAGGCCGACGACAUACCUGACUUCAGGUCGCAACACAAAGCUAUCAUCCGCAACAUCGACGACCUACACUGGUCAUCCGAACACAAAUGCUAUUGUGACGCUACGAUCGACGACUACGAAGACUCCGUCCACGUCUGCCACAAGGGCUAUAUAUCCCUGUUCCCCUUCAUGACCGGCCUGCUGCCGUCGACCCACCCUCACCUCCCCGACGUGCUCGACCUGAUCUCUUCGCCGUCGGAACUCUGGUCCCCGUUCGGGAUCCGCUCCCUCUCCAAGUCCGACGCCUUCUACGGCACGGACGAGAACUACUGGCGCUCCCCGAUCUGGGUCAACAUGAACUACCUCAUCCUCAAAUCGCUCCUCGACCUCGUCCGCUCCACCGACCCGGCUCCGCCCGCCGCGGUGAAGACCCGCGCCCUCAAGAUCUACACCGACCUGCGCAAGAACCUGGUCGAGACCGUCUUCAAGGAGUGGGAGCGCACGGGCUUCGCCUGGGAGCAGUAUAACCCGGAAACGGGCGAGGGGCAGCGCACGCAGCAUUUCACCGGCUGGACGAGUUUGGUCGUCGUGAUUAUGAGGAUGCCAGAUCUGAGCGGUGGUGGCGGCGCAGCGAUUCAGCACGGCGAACUCUGAAAAUGGUUGGUGAUUCAUGUGGCGUCUAAGAUGGCAAAUCCCCCCCCCCC